GGGUUAUCCAGUGAGUUUACACGCAACUGAAGUUUCGAAAGUGGUCUGUCUGUCUGUGCUCCUCCGACGUGUCAGGUGGACGUGACUGGAAAGAAUCAUUGGACUGCUGAGCACGUAACUACAAGGACGAGAAUAGCCAGACCUGAAUGAUCCCAUACGAGUGUUGGUAGAAAUAACGAAAGAAAAAUAAGAAAAAUAAAUAAAAACACGAAAACAAAAUAGAAUAAGAUAAUACACGAACAGCAAAGUUAAUAAUGUGAGGAAAGUAAGAACUAGAGCAGACGAGUAUUUUUAAUGCAGAGACAGACCAAGAGUUUGGGUAUUGAAUCCACCAGACAUUACGUUUUCUUCAGAAGAAGGUAAACUAAAAGUACAGCAACACGAGAUCCCUUCAAACUCUUCAAAGGAUUCAAGAUGAAGCUGAGACUAGGAAUCCUUCGCGCGUUGUCAGUCCUUUCCUUCGUCGCCACUGCCGCGGGGCACCCCCAUCGGUCUCCUAGGCAGGCAUCGUUUUUGACCACCAUUAUAAAUUCCCUGCUUCGACCCAGCGGAGAUCAGGCAGUUGGAGAAGAUACGGCUGAUCUCGGCCGAAUAGCCGGCUACGACGUCGAGACGCACACAGUGGUCACGAACGACGGCUACCUGCUCACCAUCCACCACAUCCCGCCAAACGCUAAUCGGCAGAAACGCAGCUCCGAGGAUACGAGAUUAAACUCCACCGUCUCUUUGAAUAACGUGAGAUCUGAAGCGGAUAAAUCUCACCACACGAGUCAGCCUAAGAGAGCGAAAGUGGUGUUUUUGCAGCAUGGGUUGAUGGGGUCCUCUGACAACUGGAAUACGAACACGAAGGACGACUGCUUAGCUUACUUACUGUCAGACGAUGGAUACGACGUCUGGAUGGGGAACAUCCGAGGUAACAUUUAUUCCAGAAAACAUAAAAACCUGACUCUCGAGGAUCCUCAGUUUUGGAAAUUCAGUUUUGAUGAAAUGGCAAAAUAUGAUUUGCCCGCCAUGCUGGAUUUCGUCCUUGAAAAAACUGGUGUGGAGAAGCUACACUAUGUUGGCCAUUCAAUGGGGACAACAGUAUUCUUUGCUCUUAUGAGCUCACAACCUGAAUACCAAGAGAGAAUAGCACGAUGGUUGCCUGGCUCCGUAGCAACAGUUACAAGCAUCAGUUCACCUAUCAAAUAUUUAGCACCAGUGGUUAAUGAUAUACAGUUUGUCCUGAGAUUAUUUGGAAAUGAUGAGGAGUUCAUGACAAAUCCUUUACUCAUUUCUUUGUGGGACCCUUACAAGGCAUGCAGUAAUCAAGCAUUAUGUGAAAAUCUUCAGUUCUUGAUAACUGGAUUUGAUCCCUCAAGAGCUGAUCAGACCAUGGUUCCCAUUAUACUGACCCAUAACCCUGCUGGAUCUUCUACUCAAACACUCUUCCACUUUGCCCAAGGAAUUUCUUCAGGUCGAUUUCAACAAUUUGACCAUGGAAGAUUAGAGAAUAUGAAAGUGUAUGGACAACCAACACCGCCAGAAUAUGAUGUUGCUAAGAUAAAAAUCCCCAUCACAUUAUUUUGGGCUAAUAAUGAUUGGCUUACUAGUCAAAAGGACAUUCUCCACUUAGAAAACCAGCUGCCCCAUUUAAAAGGAAGUUAUAAGGUUUCUAAUCCUAUAUUUAGCCACCUGGACUUCCUUUGGGCAACUGAUGCAAAGCCUCUGGUCUAUGAGAAGAUUUUUGAUGCUCUCAAGGACUUUGUGGAUGACAGUGUAUGAGGAUACAUGCUGCCAUAAGUCUUAGUUUACAUAGUAACUUUCCGCCAAUAUUCACAUUUUGCCACCUUUUAAUACUUUAACUAGUGAUGGAAGAAAUCUGUGUACCUUUUUUCACAAGGAUCUUUGAGUAGAAUUAUUUGUAUAUUGUAACUAGGAUGAUACAUUUUUACAUUUAACAUGUAAAUAUCGCAUAUGUUAAGAAAUUGUUACAGUAUACAAAUGAUGGCGUACUGUUGAUGAACUUUAUAGUUUUUAUUUAUUCUUUUGUUGAUUGACAAUACUCAGUUCUUUUAAUUUUAAAUUAUAUUUUAAUUUUUUAAACUUUAAAGAAUCAGCUGUAAUUGGUAAUUGUGUGUUUCUUAUAAAGCUGUUGAGCAUAAUUUUAGGGUAAAUUUUCAGUAUUAUACUUUGUAAAAUAAUUGUAUUUUAUUUUACGUAAAUAUUCAACAUAUGUCUUUCUGCAGGAAAUUGU